CAUGACUACUGCAAGAGAAAAAUGGUGUUGGGGCUUCGACAAUUCUCGGCGAGAACCGGCGAACCUAUUCUCGACACCGGUGGCGGAGAGGAGCUCGUGCACGUCCAGCCUUCAGUCUACAUCGCUCUCGGCGAUCGUGCUCCUGAGUCCCCCUCGGCACUCUCUACAUCACCACGAAACAAGUGGUGUGGUUGAGCGAUGUUGACAGGACGAAUGGUUAUGCCAUUGAUUUCUUGUCUAUCUCGCUGCAUGCUGUUUCAAGAGAUCUAGAGGCUUACACACUUUUCUUUGUAUUGACAGUCAGGUAUGCUCUUGUCUCACUGUCUAUUUAGAUAUGAAUUUGUAUUUACUUCAAGCUCCUUUCUAUUGCUCAUUCAACAUAAUCUGUCAUGUUAUAGUCCAUUUGGAUGCUGAAUGCCUGUGCAAAUUUAAUUGGGUGAUGAAAUAAAUUGCGGCACCGAAAAGUUUGGCUGCAAUUACAGGGAGGUUGGUUGCAAAUCCUGCUAACUUGUUUGUUGCUUAGAUUAGCUGGUAUCUGGGUUGGGGUUGGAAUGUCUUUGUGGGAUUUUAAAACUGAGCAGUCCUGGGUUCCUGAACCUAUUUUGUAGUGAAAAACCGCCAAUGAAACUGAAGAGCAAAUAAAAAUGUAGAUAAUCAAGUUUCAAUAGCACAAUAUUGUUCAGAAUCUAGUUAAACUGACAUUGGAACAUUUGAAGGCCAUCAUAUAGUGACUUUUUACGUUCGAUAUUUAUAUUUUUAUAUCAACUCAUUUGGAAACGGUAAACAUGGUCUUCAUUUGUGCUAGUCUUUUGAGUGUUUGAUGGCCAAUUCUAACUAGAAAUGAAGUUCAAAAUUCAUGUACUUCUUAAAUCACUAGUUUCCAUUCCCAUCCAGUGAACCACAAUAGAGAUUUAGAUUGGGGAUUUGUUGCAAUUUGAUUCCAGAUAAGUGCGUCUUGUAUUUGCUUUUAACUUUAUCUUUUCAUGAAGGUUCACAUCAAGCAUGGGUUGUAAUCCCCCCUUUUCCCUUUGUCUCUGCCUCUUAAGUUGUUGAUUGUCUACAGAAGACAGGAUUUUGUAUGUUAUUGAUGUAUUUCUUUCCUCCCUUCAGGUUAUGUGUU